AUGUCAAACUUCAAGUCAAAUUAGCCAACUUUUUAUUAGAAUCACGACGAUAUCGUGAUCAAGACUGCAGGAAGCAGGGUCAACCGCUAUCAAGACGUGUAGCCAUCAGAGCUCGAAGACCUAUAGUCAUAUCUCCAGGAGCUCUAAUCAGAGGAACGUAAGUAGAAAUAUCUAGGUUUGUGCAACCAGGGGGCGACAUGCUACAUGAAUAGUUUACUCUAGGCACUUUAUAUGACUCCAGAGUUCAGACAAUUUAUUUACUCAUGGGACUAUAAUCCAGAUUUGCACGGUAAUCAGGAAUAUAGCAUACCCUAUCAACUUUAAAGACUGUUUGCUCACCUCUAGAUGUCAAGGAGAAGAGCGGUUGAGACUAGAGGUCUGACGAAGAGUUUUGGGUGGGGUGCAAAUAUGAGUUUCGUCCAACACGAUGCCUAAGAAUUAUGUAGAGUUUUGUUCGAUGCCAUUGAAUAAAGUUAUGCUAUAGUUGGGGAUCAAUGUACUUAUAUCAAGGAUUUGUAUUAAGGAGAAAUUGAAAGUUACGUUAAGUGUGAGGAGUGCGGAUAUGAAUCAAUCAAUUAGGAUAAGUAUUUAGAUCUGACUCUUCCUAUCAGAAACGAAGAUUAGUUUGGAUAAAACGCUUAAUCAAAAACUAAAGCUCGCAACAGCACCUCACUUGAAAUGGCUCUCGAAAUAUUUCUCAAGCCUGAGAGAUUAGACGGAGAUAAUCAGUAUAAUUGCUCAUAGUGCCAGAAAAAGGUCAAUGCAAUUAAAGGUUUGAAAAUAAAGUCGACUCCAAAAAUAUUGACUCUUCAGCUAAAUAGAUUUACCAUGGAUUACAACACAUUUUAGUUGGUCAAAGUGCAUGACAGAGUCACUUUCCCCUUUGUUUUGAACAUGAAUGAUUAUUUAAAUGGUUAUGAUGGAAUUAAAAAUAAACGAGUUGAUGAAAUGAGAUCAGAAGAUUAAUCUGCAAAGCCUUAGUAGACAGAAACUUUUGAAUAUGUAAAGAAGUAAUCUGUCGCUUUUGAUGUUUAAAUGGAGGAUUUAUCCUAAUCUAAUUAAAAAGACGAAGCUAGUCAGAGUAAUAUUGUGUCAAGUGGGAUGACUUUAGCGACAUCUAAUGAAGAUGCAACAAUGAUUGACAUUAGUAUUCAGUCAGACAACGAUAAGCCUAGAACAGGUUCAGCUGAACAAAAGACUAGGCACUAAAAAUUGAUUGAUGAGGACAUAUUAUAAGCAGAUUUCAUCAAAGGUCAAUCAUAAAUUAGUGAGAAUUUUGAAAGUCCUAUAAAAUAAAAUAGUUCUGAGAAUUCACCACUAAGUCUCAAAGAAGAAUAAGAUAUAGAUUUCGCAUAGAAGCAAGCAUUGGACUCAAAGCGAAGAGAUAUAGAAAACAAACAGAAGAUCUAAGAAAAUCUAAAAGAGGGUGAUUAGGUAUAUGAGCUAUUUGCAGUAUUAAUACAUUAGGGCAACUAAGGAUCUGGUCACUAUUAUGCUUACAUUAGAAGUUUUGAAAAGAAUGAAAAUGGGAUAAGUGACUGGAUGGUGUUCAACGACUAAGAAGUAAGGAAAAUUAGUGAGGAAGAUGUUGAAAGAGCCUAUGGAUAAAAGUAUGGUGACCCUACUGCAUACCUUUUGAUGUAUCGAAGAUAUGAACCUUAAAAUGAGAUCAUCCAGAUCUCCAAUGAGUUAAUAAAAGAAUGCUACCAUAAUGAAUUACAGUCAUAAAUCUAAUCAUUAAUCAAGGAAUAGCGAGAAGUUUAUGAGCAGAUGAUUCAGCUCACUUUAAAGAUAUAUCUUGACAAUUAACAGGAAAAUGCAGAAUUAAAUUAUGUUGAAGUAAAUAUUAAAAAGACUGAGACAUUAGGCGAGCUCGCCAAACAAGCAUUGCAGCUGCAUGGUAUAGAUAUAUAGUCUAUAGAUCUCCAGAACAACUUUAGAUUUAGAGCAUUUGAUGAGAAAAAGAAAGCAAAACUGACAGUAUAUAAUCAAUAUGAUGACACACUCCUCAAACUAAGAUUCAACUACACAACAGUUCUGAUGAUUGAACUUAAGUAAUCUGAAUAGGAAUUUGAGGUUUAUGAUCCAGACUGGAUCUUCAUUAGAGUAAUAAAGCAUGAUUCAAAUGUUGAUUAUGAAUAAAUGAACCCUGAGAUUAUUUAGUAACAUUCUUAGGUUAUCAAAGUUAACAAAAAAUUAGAGAAUAUUUACGAUUUAGACAAAAAGAUCUCAUAACUCUAUGGAAUACCUGAGUAGAAACUAGUGAUACUUAUGAGAGUUCAAUUUGCUAAAUCAGGUACAGUAAAAUCUGAAGUCUACAAUCUCCAUUGGCGUAAGAGUAAAACUAUUGAGGAAGGUCCUAGGAUUGAUGACUCGAGUUUCCUUUUCAUCGAGGAGGGUGAUACCAAAGACAAGAACGAGAACUUCAAAUGGCAUUAGGAAUUCAAUAAACAAUUUGAAAGCCUUACUAUAAAUAUUAAUGAUCCGUCCUCUGACCCCAAAGGGUUGGAAUACAAGUAGUAGAUUUAGGUGCGAAAGAGUGAAACACUAUGUGAAUUUAAAAACAAAGUAGGACUGCUACUCAAUUUAAAUCCAGAGGAGAUUAUUGUUAAAAGAGCAAAUAAUCUAGCUGAGUUGAAAAACUUGAAUUGGAAAAUGGGAGAUUUUAACUUAAUUGAUGGGGAUAAAUUGAAAAUUGAGCAAGGAAAACCACAUAUUGAAGGUAAUUUUGAGAUUAAUGUGAGCUUGAUUAGACUAAGCAAUGAUAAUUUUACUGAUGAUAAACUUUUCGAGACCACAUUCUUAUUCAAACUUCAAAUAAAUCCAAACAUUGAUUCUACAACUUUAAAGAAGUUAAUAGUUGAACAGUAUAACGAUAAAAAUGAGAAUAAACUUGACAUCAGAUAGGUAAAGGUGAGGGUAGCUAAGUUAGAUGACUUUGGUGAUGUUCUUAAGGAUGCUGAUAGCCUUGAAAAUUUUGAUAUCUUUGAUGGAAAGUAGAUUUAUAUAUAGGAGAUCAUUCCUGACAGAACUUUUGACUUUGUAAACGCCAAAGAUCCCAGUAACUGUUAUCAUGUUCUCUUUAGAGAAUGGGAUCCUGAAACUUGGUAAUAUGGCCCUCUAUACGAAGUCAGAAUAGAUAAGCAAGCAUAUUUGAACAAACUUGCAAUAUUCUUAGCUGAUAAAGUUUUCCCCCACAUCUCUGCUGAAUCAAUUCAAGGUUGUAAAGUGAACUAUCUCUCUAUGUUUAAGAGAAGUGAACUGGUAUUGAAGAGGUGGAACGUCUUGAAAUCUCAAGCAACUAAGAUAGCUUAAUCAGCAGUAAAGAUCAGCAAAGAUUCAGAUUACAUCAUAAUUAAAGAUUCACGAAAGUUCGUGCGAGAAGAUUUGACUGAAGAAGAGAUGCAAAAAUGGUCUACACCAAGUUAUGUAACUUACUUAAGUAAGAGAACAGUAAAACCCAAGCCAGCUCCAAAGCCAAUUGGGGCAAAGAGUGGGGGAGGUAUAGCUAAAAGUACUGCUGAUGCAAAGAUUGAAAUAAAGAAAAAGGUGAUGGCAAGCAGAGCUAAUAGACCUUUGGAAUAGGCUAUCAAGAUUAAUGUUGGCGGACCAAAAAUUGAUAGUGAAAGCAAGCAGCAAUCAAAUGAUUAGAAGGAAAGUAAAAGUAACGAGGAAGUAGAGCAAGACCCUGAAAACUGCUGUCUAAUGGGAAGUGGAGUUUUUAUGCAAGUUUGA